AUGGAGCUCCACGUCACGUGUUGCCAGCCCUGCAAGCAUGGCCGACGCGCCCAGGCUCUGCCCCCACGGCCGCUGGAGGCCACUCUUCGCAUGGCGGGUACCAGAGCAUCCUCAGAGGGGCGCCGGCUCACAUGCGACUCCAGUUACCACCGCAGACUAGCUGCGGCCGGAAAGCUCACAGCCAAUACUCACCCACUGGGGAUACUGUUUUUCUUCACCAUGAUGAGGGAGAUGUCAGAAGAGACAGGUAACGUGUCAGUUGAAUAAAUUGUAGACAAGGAUCUGCAAAAAGAUUUAGUUGCAGAAGAAAAUCAGAACAUAAUGGAAACAUUGAGAGGCAAAGUAAGAGAAAAGCUAAAAAAUGCUAAGAUUAAUCAAGGUGAAAAGUCUUCAGCUCAGUUCAUUGAUACUAAGAUAGACCAAUGGUGUAAGGCUGAAGUUUCAUUGGACGAAGGUCUUUCAUUUUUCAUUUUAAAUGGUGAAGAAAGCUCAGAUGGCCAAGCUUUGGACCAGUCUUUAGAGCAGAGAUCAAUAAAUGAUAAAUACCAAAGGCACAUUUCAUCUUGUGAUAAUUCACAAAAUUUUGCUGAGAGCCAAGAUGAAAAUUUUAUGGAAGAAGUCAUUUAUCCAGAUUUACUUGAAGUAAAAGCUGCUGGAUAUGAAGAUGAUCAAGAACAAGCCAAAAAACAGGCAAACAUAUUUGUGCCAAGUAGUUCUCCAGGUAAUGUUCUUUUCAUAUAA